CCUUCCUCCGCCCAGCCACCUACCCCUCCCCAUCGUCAUCAGGAUUGAAUGGUGAUUGCUAGGAUACAUUGAGUUGUAUGGUUAUGAGUAGUGUUUGCUUAGUGACAAUCAAAGUUCAAGUGUGAGGUAAUUCUGAUGAAACUUUAUUUAUAGGGGUUAAUGUAUUUGCCUGCCCGAACUUUUUUCAUAUUUAACAUUUUGGUCAAUCCUCUUGAUAUUUAACAUCGUGACCUGAACUAACUCAACACUUCACUAAUUUGGUCACAUUCGACAGUUGGCCGUUAGUUUUGACGGUCAAGGCUAUUGACUAACGGUCAACUCGCCGCGUCACUUACCAAUAAGCAUAAAUAAACUCAAAAAUUCCUAAACUCCACAUGAUUCCUUAAAAUAUUUAUAAUUAAAUUAAAAUUAAAACAUAAAUUGGAAAAACAAAAAUUGAGAAGGGGUCCGUCGGAAUGGAAAGUGAAGGUUGGGUUUUGAGCUGGUAACAGCAACUCUAUUUCUCAAAAUUUUCAAAUUUCUAAUUUAAUUAUAAUAAUUUUUAGGGAUUAUGUGGAAUUUUGGAAUUACUUAAAUUUAUUUAUGCUGACUGGUCAGUGAUGUCGUGGGUUGACCAUUAGUCAACGACCUUGACCUUCAAAACUAACAAUAAACUCUCGGGGUUGGCCAAAUUAGUAAAGUGUAGUGUUAGUUCGAGCCACGAUGUUAAAUACCAAAAGGAUUGACCAAAAUGUUAAAUAUGGUAAAAGUUGCAGUCAGACAAAUAUAUUAAUCCAAAUAGUGUUUGUUACUCCCAUUCUUGACACGUUUUUCCCUUCUAUCAAUGCAUCUUUAGUCAUUUCAAUGAUGUUUCUUGUCUAAAUUACAAAUAUUUGAUUAAUGAUCUUUUAAUAGACCUAUACAAUGUUCUUGUACUCUUUGAUGCCUUCUUGGCAUGUUUAUAAUGGAUUUGAAGGUACAAAGCUACCUAAUGAAGAUUACAUCAAUCAUUGAAGAACUAUACCAUAUGAGCUAUAAAGAGAAGUUUAAGGGGAUUUCGUGAGAAAGAAGUGGUCAAUGACGGGGAAGUCAACUAGAAGUUGCUACAUUAUCUCAAGACAAGCCAGCAAGAGGAAGACUCUGCCCAAUAUGAAGAAGAAUGAGCGGUAACCCAUGCAACGAGUCCAACCACCGUCCAUCAAGUUGCAGCCCAAUCGUCAAGAACAAAAGUCCAUGGACCACAAAGCCCAACCCACGAAGAAAUAGAGCAGUGGGUUCAAAUGCUACCCUACCGCCGCCUCUUUCUUGCCGUGUUGAUGAAGUUUACUUAGCCUACAAGGUUUAAGAUACUCUUUCCUAGUCGGGUUAGGAUGUUUUAGGCUGGGAUUCUCCCCUAUAAAUAGAGUGCAUGACCCAUUAGCUUAAUUAGUAAGGUCGCACAAACACACAAAUUCUCCGUAACACUCUACUUGAGUGCUGAGCCUAGUCAAAGUAGGGGGUCUGCAGCUAAGGAGAUGAUGUCAUCAUCAAUGUUGGUACCUUCCUUCUCCUCUAUGUAGGUAGUCUAAAGUGAUUGUAUUAGGAUGUGAUCUUGCCUAUUGUUAUGUGAAUGAAUGCUAUGAUCUCAGGCUUGUGUUUGUCUAUGGAAUUUUUGAUGCUAUUGCUUAUGUAUGGAUGUAUUUAGUUUCGAUGCUUAUGUGAUGAUUAUUGGUGGUUCCAUAGUACGAAUGCUCUUGUAUCAUUGAUGCUUAUUAUUCCAUUGUAUGAUACUAUAUGCAUUGUGCUCAGUUUUACCUAGGUUGUCUAGAAAUUACUACUAGGGAUACCCCAUUGAUGCUACAUGAGCAUGGGAGGCUUGAUCAUCCAUUUACGCUUCGAGUAGUAUCAAUGCUUGAUUGUUAGAUCAUCGAUGCUACAAACUAUAGUUAUGGUUCGUUGAUAACGAUGUAAUUGCACAUGUUUGCGCCCCUAGUUCUUAUCCGUUUGAGGGGCAUAGUCGUGUACUUUUGGCCUAUUUUACGCCGGGUUGUGCUAUUUUGUCAUGUUUCAGGUCCCAGGUGUCAAAGGGAAGGCUAAGCACGAGUUUCGGGGCAUUCGGAAGUCAUUUCGGUGAGCUGGAGCCAAAACACGGGCAGCCUUACACGGCCGUGUACUGCUGGCCGUGCUUUUUAUGCCGAGAGCAAAUUUGGUUUGGCCAAUUCAGUUGCAAACACGGGCACCAAAACACGGCCGUGUUCUACCAAAGCACGACCGUGUCCAACGCGAAGCACGGCCGUGUUUAACCCACUUGCUGGCCGUGUAAUUAAGCCAUGUCCGAGGCACGGGCGGAGUCAGGCAAAGCACGGCCGUGCCCUCGACCGUGCUUUGGCCACUGAUGCUUUUAAGCAGAGUUUCAGCCACAAUUCAGGGGGAUUCGAGUUUUUGAGAGAGAGAUCAGUUCCUAGAGAGAGAAAGUGACGAGCAAGAGUUCCCAAGUGCCCUAGAUUGAUCUUCAACACCAUUGGAGGCCAGCUUGAGCUUGGAGAAGUGCCAAUCAACGUCCAGAAGCAGGAAUCCAUCCUUCGCAGUAUGAAUUCCGUGUCUGAUUAUGCUUUUGCUUUCUUCUCCAUGGAGUAGUUCUCCCAUUCAUCUGGGUAUGGAGAACCCUAGAUUUGUAUGUUAGGCUUUGAUUGUAUGAACCCAAGUACUGAUUCUAUGAUUGAUUAUAUUCGAUUGAGGUUUUAAUGAUUGAAUGACUUGAAUCCUGAUCAAAUUCCUGUUGUUUCUGCUUUGACCUAGAAUGAGAAUAUCUGCCUAGGUUAAUAGAGUAUCCUUGAUUGAAGGUAGGGAGUUGGUGACUUUAGUCGAGGAGCCAACUCACUAUUCUGUACCGGAUUCACUCCGGUAGUGGAGGUUUUGUUCUUAGGGCCUCAAUCUGUCGACUCCGGUGGAGGUUAGUCGCCCGCUAGAGAGUCAGAUUGAGAGGGUCUGAAGACCUUUAGUCGAGACUUCAGGCUGUUUAAGAACCUUCCGCAGUAUAAUCUUCAUAGAAACUGAACUUGGUAAUUACAAUCCGGCUUAACUGCAGUCUAGGGGGAACCAUAUCCGGGUGACCUCUCUUAACUUGAAUACAACCGUUUACUUGCUUUGUUAGUUUGUUAGUUAGACUUGCAUUCCAGUUUCAUUGCUAGAUAACAAGAAUUCAUUGAGUAGUCAUCAGAUCUAGGACCCGGGUUGAUAAUUAAACCUAAACCCGCUAUACGACGCUUUAGGAAGUGGUUACACUUGGCCAAUUCCUGGAGUGACAGUAGAGUCGAGUCAAGUUUUUGGCGCCGUUGCCGGGGACGGCUAGGUUGUUGAAGAAACGUGAUUUCUGUUAAUUUGGCUUUUCUUUUUGCUUUGUUUGCUUUGUCCCACUUGUGCCUUCACGGGUUUGUCUGCUUGAGUGUGUGCAGGUAGUGCAUGACCCGUAGCCAGUCGGGAGGUUUACUGCCAUUGAAUCCAGAGAUUGACCGCACCUGUCGCCAGCUCAGGAGACAACAACGAGCUAGACUGGCUACGGAAGAGCGCAUAGACGGCCACAUGAGCAGUGAUUCUGAAGAAGAGCACAGGAUGGACGGAGAGUAUAAUCCGCACCAGGGGAAUCCACAGCAGGUUCCCCCGGCGAAUCAGGUCCUGGGGAACAACCCCAUGCCCCAGGAUCAUGGAGUUCAUCAUCCACCGCAGCCGGGCCCCACCUUGGAGUACUACUACACUCCUCGGAUUGCUGACAUCCGCCCGGUCAUCCUCUACCCACCGAUCCCAGCUAACAACUUUGAGAUCAAGCCAUGCUGGAUUCAGCUCAUCACAUCCUCGAUCCAGUUUCAUGGCUUGAAGGAUGAGGAGGCCAGGGUACAUCUGUCCCGUUUUCUGCAGCUGACAAACGGGUUCAAGCUUAACGGUGUUCCCGAUGAUGCGAUCCGCCUUCAUCUCUUCCCCCAUUCUCUGGCGGGGAAUGCUAAGAGGUGGUUGGAGACCCAGCCCCCAUUGUCCAUCACCUCUUGGGACGAUCUGGCGAACAAAUUCGUGCACAGGUAUUAUCCGGCAUCGAAGACCACAGAGAUUCAGCGGGAGAUCACUCACUUCUGCCAGGAGCCAGAUGAGUCACUCCGUGAUGCUUGGGAGCGGUACAUGGGCUACUUCUGGCAGUGCCCCCACCAUGGCUUUAGUGAUGCUUUCACUGUGGGGAACUUCUACAGCGCUCUCUCCCCAGAUAGCCAGAGGGUGAUUGAGUCUUUAUGCCCAGGAGGGGAUGUUCUCACCAAGACUCCACCCAAGCUGAAUCAGAUGAUUAAUACAUUGGCUGCCAGAGAUCAUUCUUGGGGACAGGGUAGCCGAGGCACACAGUCCCGGGACCGUGGUGUGCACGCCAUGGAGACCAGAUCCGGGCUCGAGCAGCAGGUAGCUGAGCUAGUGCAGACAUUGAAGCACCCCAACAGUCUGAUUCCGGGCAGAGGUUUGGCUACACCUCCAGUAGCUCAGUGUCAGUGGUGUGAGAGCUCCAAUCACCUAGUGGAGGACUGCCAGGCUAUGAGGGAGUCUACCACACCCCAGGAGCAGUUGGCCUUCAUCGCCAAUGCGCGGCGCCUCGAUCCAUACAGUAACACAUAUAAUGAGGGGUGGCGCCAGCAUCCCAACUUCGCCUGGAGCAGCAACACCACUAAACCACCUGGUUUCCCAGCACCAGCAGGUGGUUUUCAGCAGAGGCAGCCCUUCCAGGCUCGCCAGGGGCCAGACCCACAGCAGCAGCCCUACCAGCCUAGGCAGGGGCAGCCAUUCCAGCAGCCCCAGCGCCAGUUUACCGAGCCAGCAGCAGCUCCAGCCCCAGAUGACAGGAUGACGAAGCUGGAAAACAUUCUAGCUUCAUUCAUGACGAGCACUCAGGCGACUAUCACGAGGUUGGACCAGAGUGUAGCCUCACUGGAGGCAGGUCAGAGGAACCAGGGUGCCAUUUUGCAGGAUUUGCAGACCCAGGUGGGCAUCUUGGCCCGCCAAAGCACCACCAGGGCACCGGGGACUCUUCCUGCCACCACUGUCCCGGAUCCUCGGGAUCCUCACCAGCUCCAGCAGCUUGAUGCCAUUUUUACCAGGAGCGGUAAGACCAUAUCUGCUGAUCCUGUCCCGGCCAGACAGGAGGAACCACUGACUGCUUCAGCACUUCCAGCCGACGAUGCAGAAGUGCGGGUGGAGAAGGAAGCCCCUGCUCCCAAGCCACAACCAGUGGUUAAGGAGCAUGUACCCCAGCUUCCCUUCCCCACUCGCCUACACAAGGACAAGCUGGAGACUGAGUUUGCCAAGUUCAUGGCAAUGUUGAAGCAGCUCAACAUCAGCAUACCGUUCAUGGAGGCACUGUCGAAGAUGCCCAAGUAUGCCAAGUUCAUGAAAGAUAUCUGCACCAACAAGAAGAAACUUGGGGAUCUCUCGACAGUGAUGCUGAGCGAGGAGUGUUCUGCUAUCCUGCAGAACAAGCUGCCCGAGAAGCGCAAGGAUCCAGGGAGUUUUACUAUCCCUCUUACUAUUGGCAGCAUGCAUGUAGGAAAGUCCUUGGCGGACCUAGGCGCUAGCAUUAACGUCAUGCCAUAUAAGUUGUAUAAAAUGCUAGACCUAGGUGAACUUAGCCCUACUAGGAUGAGCAUUCAAUUAGCUGAUCGUUCUAUCGUGCAUCCUAAGGGUAUCAUUGAGGAUCUGCUUGUUAAAGUAGGUACAUUCACAUAUCCUGUUGAUUUUGUUAUUCUUGAUGUGCAUGAGGAUGUGGAUGUGCCUUUGAUUCUAGGUAGGCCAUUUCUUGCCACCGCCAAGGCACUUAUUGAUGUGCAUGAUGGAAAAUUGAUCUUGCGUGCUGGGGAUGAACAGGCUACUUUUUCUGUGACUGAGUUUGAUCACUGUGCUAUGAUUGCUGUCACGCCUGUGCAUGCUAUGUCUGAUCAGGUACACGAGUCUGUCGUGUACCCUUCUGCACCUCCUAUUUUGCAGGACCCUCCUAUCAUUCCUUCGCCGCCACUCCAUCCAGUCUCGCCUCCGAACAAAAAGCUCAAGGAGGAGUGGCGGCCGAAGCCGCAGGUUGCUAAGCCUGCACGUAAGAAGAGUGGAGACCACUAUGAGCUGGUCCCACCUCCUGCACCACGACCACCCUGGCCGUCUGGGUACUCGCUCUCCUGCAUCUUGCCAGAUGGGCAGGUCGAGCUGACUGAUGAGGGUGGUCGCAUCCGUCGGGUGCAUGGCCACAACCUGAAGCUGUACCUCAAGAGCGACGUGGAUCCGCUCUUGGAGGCACCUGUUCCUGCACCGCCCUGAGUAUCCACCAUGGGCGUCCAACUAAUACGACGGUAAAGAAGCGCUUGUGGGGAGGCAACCCCACCACGGUUUGAUUUUUUUUCUUGUGUUUUGAGUCGGAUUGUAACCCGGUUUGGGUUUGGUUUGUUUUCUUUUAUUUUGGAUGAUAUGUUAUUGGGCUGACCAUUGAACCUAACAUAUUGUGUUUGAGCUCUUCUGUUUCCCUUCGGCUGUGCUUGCCUCGACUGGCCCGUUUCCAGUCUCCUGCAGUCCGUGCAUACCGGUAACAUCGUUCCCUUAUCCUUCCCUCUUCUCCAUUGAGGGCAAUGUCGAUCUUAAGUGUAGGGGGAUGUUUAUCUUUUGACUGCAUUAGAUCUGUUUGUGUGCUUGGAGCCUAGUCCACUGUCCAAAUUUUUAAAUUUGAGGGCUCCAAGUAAGUGUGGGGGGAUGUUUAUCUUUUGACUGCAUUAGAUCUGUUUGUGUGCUUGGAGCCUAGUCCACUGUCCAAAUUUUUAAAUUUGAGGGCUCCAAGUACGUGUUUUCAUGCAAUUGCCUGCUCAGUAUGCUUUGAAUUGACAGUCUUUAUAGUAAUAUGCAACCUAGGGAGGUAGUGUAGCACUAUGGAGGAUGUUGAUGCAUUUAAGGAGUCUCAUUUCUUCUUCAUAUUGAGUUGGUUGAUUGAGUGAAUUAGUGAUCUUAGGACCCUUGAAUUGUGUGGUGUUGUGGAUUCUCUACCUGUCAUGGACUCUUGUAUCAUGUUUUGAGUUUAACAGGUGCUCGAAAAUGUGCUUGAAAAUAAACGUCUCCCGUGCGAAUAGGGCGAAAGUGUGUAAGGGGAGACGGGAAUUCGUUCCCAAUUUCCACCUACUACCUCCAGCCCCCUUGCAUGGCUUUCCCCCGCAUGAGGCUCGAGACAUCCUCUCCUGGCAUGGCCGGUAAGAGCAGGUUGGGACCCUUGAAAAGAAAAGAAAAGAAAAAUAACAGAAAACAAGCAAAAUAGAAAAAAAAGAAGGGGUUCCAACCAUCUUCAAAGAAAAUAGAGCACCUUGAAAAAUGUGAGUCCAUGAUCCUUUGUUUUUGAGAAUCUCUCCAUCCACGAUUCAUUUGUCCUCUGUUCACUUUUUGCCAUGAUGCCGACUCGAUAAGAAGCUUUGAGAUGACUUGUGCGUCGGUUGACCUCGUAAGUUGCUAAAUGAUCUAGGAAGUCCUCUACUUACGAUCUGGGUUGUUUGUUUCUAUGGAGGUCUGGAGAGUUGCAUUGGUUUGAGAUAGGUUUGCUUGGGGACAAGCAAACGGUUAAGUGUGGGGGAAUUUGAUAACGAUGUAAUUGCACAUGUUUGCGCCCCUAGUUCUUAUCCGUUUGAGGGGCAUAGUCGUGUACUUUUGGCCUAUUUUACGCCGGGUUGUGCUAUUUUGUCAUGUUUCAGGUCCCAGGUGUCAAAGGGAAGGCUAAGCACGAGUUUCGGGGCAUUCGGAAGUCAUUUCGGUGAGCUGGAGCCAAAACACGGGCAGCCUAAGGCAUUACACGGCCGUGUACUGCUGGCCGUGCUUUUUAUGCCGAGAGCAAAUUUGGUUUGGCCAAUUCAGUUGCAAACACGGGCACCAAAACACGGCCGUGUUCUACCAAAGCACGACCGUGUCCAACGCGAAGCACGGCCGUGUUUAACCCACUUGCUGGCCGUGUAAUUAAGCCCUGUCCGAGGC